CAGUGGAGCACCACAGAGGAGAAAGCACUUGACUUCCUUAAAGGAUUAAGACAGGACCUCUUUCCCGGCAUCCAAUAUGAGUCGUGUGGAAGAAUGGGUUCUGGAGAACAAGGACAAGAUUGAAAAGGGAGUGGAAAUCAUGAGCCAAGGCUGUGAGGUCCUGGCAGCCACUGUAGGCCAGUUCCAUCCCAUCCUAGAGGCAGUUUUUGUGGCAUCAGCUGAGCUCCUUAGCAACCCAGAGGGCAAAGAGGCUAAGUAUCUUACUGAGCAGUUUGAAAGGGUCAACCAGAAGUUGGAAGGGAUCCAGGAUGAGAUUGAUAAACUUGCGCUGGAGCUUCAGAGAACAUCACUGAACAAGCAAAACUUUGACCGUGAGGCACAGAUGAUCAGUCAGUAUGAAAAGUUUCAGGAGUUUGUCACUGCCAAACCAAAGUUCAAGGAGAAGAAGAAGGAGAAGUUUCUUAGCCAAUAUGAGAACACUGACCGUGAUGUAAACCUUGAUGGUUUGUACAACUCCAUCAUUGGAGAGAACACCUCUGGAGAUGCAAUGCUGGAUGUAAUACUGGCUACCGAGCAGCGUAGCAGGAGGGCAGUGGAGGAAUUCUGUGCUCGCCUGAAGAAGCUGUUCAUGGUUGGGAUCAUAGCAGUGAUGGGCUACACUGCCCUAAAGGAGGGCGCCAUCGGAGAGGUUAUGGUGAAGAAAUGGCAAGUCCGCAUGGAGGACGUGGAGACACGCAUGAAGGCGGCAGUGGAUGAAUGCGUGAACAACUUUCCUGCACAAGCCAAGAUGGAUGUAGAACGCCUGCUCCUGGAGAAGCAGAGCCAUGUCGACCCUGAGUUUACUAAAUUCCUCCUUGAUGCCCUUGUCAAGAAGUAUGACUGGGUUUUUUGGUCCGUUAGGGUCUUUAAUCAUGGUGGAAUUUUUUUCUGGAAUUGGCUGGCUGGAAAGCGGUACCAUGGAAGUGGAGGAGGUGUCAACUAUUUCGACCUUUUGACCAACAACAAAAUGAGGAUCGUGGUGUCUUUCACCGCGAACCCUAAAUCGCUCAACAAGGUCCAGAUAAAGGAUCAAAUAGAGCAUGAAAGGCUGAAAGGUGACAUGAUAUCUGUUGCUGAGUCUUUGUGCAAGAGUCUUCCUAACUGCCUUGUCCAUGCUGUCAGCCGCUAUAAGAGAGUGGAGGAAGCCAACAGUUUUGACCCGGAGUGUUAUUAUUAUGCGGUUCACAAAAGGGCCCACAUUUGUAUCCACUCAGAAUAGUGAAGAUUUAAUCAAAUUAUAUAUAUAUAUAUAUAUAUAUAUCAUUGGCAAUCAGUCUUUUUUUUUUUUUCGUUUCUGUGGUCUUAAUACUACACAGUGCAAUGAUAUGAUGGCAAGUGUGUUGGGAAUUCCAGUUCCUUUUUUAAGGCUUCUUAUACUCUGUAGACUGUAAAAUCGCAAAUAUAAGAUGUAUGUAUAAUUUAGUCAAACAUGUUUAAUCAUGAGAUAUAUGCCUAAGCACUUUUUGUAUUUUGUCUCUCACAUUUGAUACAAAAAUUGGAAGUGUGUUUAUAAACACUUGCAUGAUUAUGCUGAUAAAUGAAUAUGCUGGUAGCCUCAUUAUUAACCCAAAGAUUUGAUCAAUUACAUUAAAACAUAUUCCAACUAUUGUCCAGCUAACUGUUGAUUUAUUAAUCCAUGCUGUUUUUUAUGAGUUCAUAUCAGUCAAAACACUACAAUAAAGAAAAAAACCCAACAACAAUAAUAACAGAUUAUUUAGUUAUUUCAUGUUUUAAAAUCUUUUCCUCAAAAUCUUAAAAAGAUGCAUUUUGGAAAUGAAUUCACAAUGUCAACCUCAGGAAGGGUUAAAAUCCAAGAAUAGUAACUUUUCUUUCUCCUGAACAUGGGUGUGUCUCACAUUCAGCUGUGUACAGGGAAAGACGGGUUUAUGCGGAGUCUCUCUUUUAUUGUCACGCGAUUUUAAGGUGAGUUUUUGGUCCUAUAAUAAAUAAAUGUUUGGUUAAAUAAUAAAUAACAAUCGUUUAUUUCAAACUAUUAAGUAAAAAAAAAACAGAGUAGAUGUAAAGAGUUUCUUGGAAUGGCAGAAGUUUUGCAACCCUUCGGGCGUUGCUUCGAAGCGACCGGAAGUUUUUCCCGUUGUAUAAAAAACAGUAAAUUAAUCAAAAUUGUUUUGGUUUCACGAUGUAUUUGAUUCGCCAGAACAUUACUUGAACAUUACUCGAACAUACAAUUAGCCAAAAGCGUGUCAAUAUUUCAAAGGGGGAUCAGUGAAUACAGUUUCUUUGGUCUUCAGCCAACCAGGAAGAGCGUGCGACUUCAUGCAACUUGCCUUAACACGCGCCUCCUUCUCCAUUAACCUGUGCGCGAGCCUUGAUACUUUCUAUUGAUUAUAUACAUUGUCAUAUUAUUUGAGUCAACACCAUGUAUAAUGUAUAUGUAGCUAUACACUUCGUUGGACUAUAUGCUGUAAUGGUAACUCAUAUAACAUUGUUUACUCAACUGAAUUAAAAUGCCUUACUGAAAUGCGUGCACUGUAUGUGCAUCAUAUUGUAAUGACUUUUAGCUAUAUAUUGCAAAACAUUAUAUAUUUUAGUAAAUAGUUUUACUUCACUUUUUGCUAUAUAGGUAUGUGUAUUGUAUAUCUGGAGGUCAUUACAUUAUGCUUCUCAUUGCAUCUGGUCUGACUUUAUUGAGAAUCACAUCUUUAUGAUGCAAUAUCAUAAAAUAAUAGGAAUAUAAAAUAAGUAGUAUUUCCAUGUCUUAACAUGCACUAUAUUUGGUUAUGCAUGUUAGGUGUAUUUAUCAUCUCACUCAACGUUAUGUAUUAUAUGUGUAUAGAUAAAUGCUUAACUAAGCUGUCUCUGUCCCUGUAACACCUUGUUGCUGGCCAGUCUAAAAGUCUAAAAAUCUGUGACACAGAUGUAUAAUGUAAUCUAAACAUACCAGUAGUAAAAGAUGGUGCCAUUACCAAAUAUAUGUUUCCUGAUGUAAUUAUGUGAAAAAUAAAUCAACUGGAAAACUACACUAA